AUGAACGGAGCGACGUUCCCUUCUCCCACCGCAGAGAUGGCGGAAAUCAACCGCAUCCACUACGAGAUCGAGUACACGGAGGGCAUCAGCCAGCGCAUGCGCAUCCCUGAGAAGCUGCAGGUGGCGCCGUCUGCCGCCGAGGACCUGGAGGGCGGGGCCCAACACGCCCUGCACAGCGUCCUGAUGCAGGUUCCAGAGCGCAUCGUGGUGGCAGGGGACAGCGAGUCCUCACAGUACCCCCGGCCGCGGGACCUGGACCUCAUCCAGUCCACCCCCCUGGAGUCCCUGGCCCUGAAGACCCCGCCCCGCGUCCUCACCCUUAACGACCGGCCGCUCGACUUCCUGGAGACGGAGCGCUCGGCAGGGCCUGGCCAAUCCGGAGAGGAGGCCCGUUCUCAGACGCGGGUGCGGAGGGAGCGCUCGGUCAGUGAGAACGCCCUGGUGCGGCAGAACGGCCAGCUGUCCCGCAUCGAGUCCGCCAGUGUGGCGCCCCCGCGGGCCUGCCCCCCCCUGUCGGGGCCGGAGGACGGAGAGAGCCCCUACAGCGCGCGCGGGAUGCUGUCACUUAUCCAGAACACCACCCGCCGCGCCUACCACCAGGUCCUGGAGGCGCUGGACGAGAACCACCGCAGCAGCCCAGCUUUGAGAGGGGGGUCAGUGUCAGCCUCCAACCCCCUUCACGAUACCAGGCUGGGCCUCUCCACGCUGGAGCAGGCGAUGGAGGGCACCCCGGAAGAGAUGGCGGUGGUCGACGCGGCAACGCUACGGCGGCAGUCCAAAGACAUGCAG